UGUUGCACUAUAUAGUAUUUAGUACAGGUCAGUGUUUCCCAACCAGGGGUGCCUUCAGCUGUUGCAAAACUAUAACACUGUGUUGUACUGUAAUGCAGUUGACCUGUUAUAUUCAGUAUUUUCCACACUAGAGGACAGGCAGGAACUGAUAGCAGCUCCCAGUAUAAGAAAGGAGACAAUAUAGUGGGUGAGCGGCAGAACAAUGUUUGCAGCUAUGUCAUAUUUCUAAGAUUUGGUUUUCAGGCGCUUCUAUGGGAUUUUGGCGGCUUAAUCAUCUUCUUUAGGACUGUUAUAGCGCUGAGGUCGCUUCCAUAUACAUGUAUGGAGAUCUUUCUCCUCAACCGCCUGCUCCUCUACUACACUCCGCUACACGCUGCACAUCGCUUCUCUUUCCUGUCAGGAAGCUUUGUGAGUAACUUCCGGUAAGCGCUAGGACUCCAGAUAACGCGAGACCUCGUCAUGUUACUGUUUAAUAAAGUUUCGUCAAUUUGAAUAGCGUGGCCUUCCGGUUGGACAGAGGAAUUGUGGGAGUUGUAGUCUUCUUUGCCUUCUCUUCCCCAGGUCUUCCUUUCCCGGCCGACACGGAACUGCAGCAGCUGUAGUUCAGGACAUCCGAUGUGGGACAUAAAAGGAUUAAUUCUUCCCUUUUGGAAAGCUUCCUCUGUAUGGUACAAUGUCAUUUCAAUUUAAUUUCAACAUUGAAGAGAGAGAAAGCAGUCCUGGUGAAUGUGAAAUAAGCCUUUCAAAGCACACGCCAACAAUCCCAGACAAAGAUGUACAACCAGAGGAUUUCAAUGACCUUAAUAGAUCCAGUCAAAAAGAGUGUGUGGACAACAAUGAAUGUGAAAGCAAUGCUAAUAGUAUAGCUAGCAAUAAAACCUUAUUCUGCAAACCAGCCGCUGAGCACCAGAUCCCUGAAGAUGUUUGCAGUGUGUUAGAAAAUAAAAUUGUGGAGAGCAGCCUGGGCCUACAGUUUGUUAAUGUUUCUGUUGUAGAAAAGACGUUGUCUGACUCAGAUGUAUAUGGUGAAGACAUAGUGAACAAAUCCAUUACAUCCAACUCUGAUCUUAUAUCUGGCGUAUAUGAAGGAGGAAUGAAAAUUUGGGAGUGCACUUUUGAUCUGAUAAGGUACUUGGAAGACAAAGCUGUAAACUUUGAAGAUAAAGCUGUUUUGGAUCUAGGUUGUGGAGCUGGAUUGUUAGGAAUAUUCUCCUUGAAACAAAAUUCUAAGGUGGUUCAUUUUCAAGACUACAACAGCACUGUAGUAGAAGAGAUAACCAUCCCCAAUGCUCUAGUAAACUGCGAUAGCAAUGAUUUAACCAAUAAUAUCAAUGAACCUAGUGGAAAAAGAAUAAAAAAAUCUGAUGCGAAGCCUGGACUGUUAACAAAGUGUCGCUUCUUUUCUGGAGAAUGGUCUCAGUUUACUCAAUUAAUGAAGAAUCAAGAGCCUCCUAUGAAAUACAAUGUUAUUCUAACAUCCGAAACCAUCUAUAAUCCCACUUACUAUAAUGCAUUGCAUGAGGUCUUCCGGAAUUUAUUGGCUGAUGAUGGAAUUGUUUACCUUGCUAGCAAAUCCCAUUACUUUGGUGUCGGAGGAGGUGUUCAUCUUUUUGAGACUUUUAUUAAAGAGAAUAAAGUGUUUGAUAUUCAUACUCUAAAAGUCCACAAUGAUGGGCUUCAAAGAAUGCUUCUUAGCUUAGUCUUUACACAUAGCUGAUAUUUGCAUUGUAUAUAAAAAAAAAAAUUAUACUUUUAUAAAAGUAUGUUAAGACUUUUG